UUGCCCCUUCCCCCCCACCAAGUGCCGUUUCGGUUUAACCUAGUGUGUGACUGAGUCUGUGUGAGGGAGCGAGUGAGUGUGUGAGGUACUGAGGUGAGGCGGAGGCAAGAAGAGGGGCUCCCUCAGGAGCGAGGGACAAAGGGGUCGUGAGGCACCUAGGCCGCGGGACCCCAGCGACAGGAAGCCGCCCCGAGCCGGGCUACCGGGUAGGGGAAGGGCCCGCGCAGUCUUCACAGGGCCCCAGAGCCGAAGUCGGCCCCACAGCCCCGGGUCGUCGGCUUCCUACUUCCUCGACCUCCCCGGCGCCCGGGCCUGGGGAUUGGCUCGGCGGGGGGAGGAGGGGAAACAGACUUGAGCAGCUACCCGUUGUCUCGCAACUCCAUUGCUGAGGAACUCUCGUUUCUUUUCUGGCUCCUUCACCCCCCACCUCAUGUAGGAGGGUGCUGAGGAGUCGGGAGGGAGGAGGAGCCUGGGCUACCGUCCCUUCCCUCCCCACCCCCUUCUAGGGGCGCUUUGGUAGGCGUGGGGUUGGGGGGGAGGGUGGGGGUUACUUUUUGGAGUGCUGGGGAACUUUUUCCCCUUUUUGAGGCUAGGGGAAAGGGAAUGCCCAAUCCAGAGAGACAUGGGGGUAAGAAGGACGGGAGUGGAGGAGCUUCUGGAACUUUGCAGCCGUCAUCGGGAGGUGGCAGCUCCAACAGCAGAGAGCGUCACCGCUUGGUGUCGAAGCACAAGCGGCAUAAAUCCAAGCACUCCAAAGACAUGGGGUUGGUGACCCCCGAAGCAGCACCUUUGGGUACAAUUAUCAAACCUUUGGUGGAGUAUGAUGACAUCAGCUCUGAUUCAGAUACCUUCUCUGACGACAUGGCCUUCAAACUAGACAGGAGGGAGAAUGAUGAACGUCGUGGAACUGAUCGGAGUGACCGCCUGCACAAACAUCGUCACCACCAGCACAGACGUUCCCGGGACUUACUAAAAACUAAACAAACAGAAAAAGAAAAAAACCAGGAAGUCUCCAGCAAAUCGGGAUCGAUGAAGGACCGGAUAUCAGGAAGUUCAAAGCGUUCAAAUGAGGAGAAUGAGGACUAUGGGAAGGCACAGAUAUCCAAAAGCAGCAGCAACAAGGAAUCCAGGUCAUCCAAACUCCAUAAGGAGAAGACCCGGAAAGAACGUGAGUUGAAGUCUGGGCACAAAGACCGGAGUAAAAGUCAUCGGAAAAGGGAAACACCCAAAAGCUACAAAACAGUCGACAGCCCCAAACGGAGAUCCAGGAGUCCCCAUAGGAAAUGGUCUGACAGCCCCAAACAAGAUGAUAGCCCCUCAGGAGCUUCAUAUGGCCAAGAUUAUGACCUUAGUCCCCCAAGAUCUCACACCUCUAGCAAUUAUGACUCCUACAAGAAGAGUCCUGGAAGUACCUCAAGAAGGCAGUCAAUUAGCCCUCCUUACAAGGAGCCUUCGGCCUACCAGUCUAGCACCCGGUCACCCAGUCCCUACAGUAGACGGCAAAGAUCUGUGAGUCCCUAUAGUCGGAGACGUUCUUCCAGCUAUGAAAGGAGUGGCUCUUACAGUGGGAGAUCACCCAGUCCCUAUGGGCGAAGACGGUCCAGCAGCCCUUUCAUGAGCAAACGGUCUCUGAGUCGGAGUCCACUCCCCAGUAGGAAAUCCAUGAAGUCUAGAAGUAGAAGUCCCGCAUAUUCAAGACACUCAUCUUCUCAUAGUAAAAAGAAGCGAUCCGGGUCACGCAGUCGACAUUCCAGCAUCUCACCUGUCAGGCUUCCAUUGAACUCCAGCUUGGGAGCUGAACUCAGUAGGAAAAAGAAGGAAAGAGCAGCAGCUGCUGCUGCAGCAAAAAUGGAUGGAAAGGAAUCCAAGGGUUCACCUAUAUUUUUGCCUAGAAAAGAGAACAGUUUAGUAGAGGCUAAGGAUUCAGGCUUGGAGUCUAAAAAGUUAACCAGAGGUGUAAAAUUGGAAAAAUCUGCCCCAGAUACUGAACUGGUGAAUAUACCACAUCUAAAUACAGAAGUCAAAAAUUCUUUAGAUACAGGGAAAGUAAAGUUGGAUGAGAACUCUGAGAAGCAUCCUAUUAAAGAUUUGAAAGCACAGGGAUCAAGAGACUCUAAACCCAUAGCGUUGAAAGAGGAGAUUGUUACUCCAAAAGAGACAGAGACAUCAGAAAAGGAGACCCCUCCACCUGUCCCCGCAGUUACUUCUCCUCCACCUCCUUUACCAACUACUAGCCCUCCACCUCAGACACCCCCUUUGCCACCUUUGCCUCCACUACCAGCUAUUCCACAGCAACCACCUCUGCCUCCUCCCCAGCCAGCAUUUAGUCAUGUUCUUGCCUCUAGUACUUCAACUUUGCCCCCUUCUACUCACCCAAGGACAUCUACUUUGUCCUCUCAGGCAAAUUCUCAGCCCCUUGCACAGGUUUCUGUGAAGACUCAAGUAUCUGUAACAGCUGCUAUUCCACACCUAAAAACUUCAACGUUGCCUCCUCUGCCCCUCCCACCCUUAUUACCAGGAGACGAUGACAUGGAUAGUCCAAAAGAAACUCCACCUUCAAAACCUGUAAAGAAAGAGAAGGAACAAAGACCACGUCACUUACUCACGGACCUCCCUCUCCCUCCAGAACUUCCUGGUGGGGAUCCAUCUCCUCCAGAUUCUCCAGAACCAAAGGCAGUUACACCACCUCAGCAACCAUAUAAAAAGAGACCAAAAAUUUGUUGUCCUCGUUAUGGAGAAAGAAGACAAACAGAAAGUGACUGGGGAAAACGCUGUGUAGACAAGUUUGACAUUAUUGGGAUUAUUGGAGAGGGAACUUAUGGCCAAGUAUAUAAAGCCAAGGACAAAGACACAGGAGAGCUAGUGGCCCUGAAGAAGGUGAGACUGGACAAUGAGAAGGAGGGCUUCCCAAUUACAGCCAUUCGUGAGAUCAAAAUCCUUCGUCAACUAAUCCACCGAAGUGUUGUUAACAUGAAGGAAAUUGUUACAGAUAAACAAGAUGCACUGGAUUUCAAGAAGGACAAAGGUGCCUUUUACCUUGUAUUUGAAUAUAUGGACCAUGACUUAAUGGGACUGCUAGAAUCUGGUCUGGUGCACUUUUCUGAGGACCAUAUCAAGUCAUUCAUGAAACAGCUGAUGGAAGGACUGGAUUACUGUCACAAAAAGAAUUUCCUGCAUCGGGAUAUUAAGUGUUCUAACAUUUUGCUGAACAACAGUGGUCAGAUCAAACUAGCAGAUUUUGGACUUGCACGGCUCUAUAACUCUGAAGAGAGUCGCCCUUAUACAAACAAAGUCAUUACUCUGUGGUACCGACCUCCAGAACUUCUGCUGGGAGAGGAGCGUUAUACACCAGCCAUUGAUGUUUGGAGCUGUGGAUGCAUCCUUGGGGAACUGUUCACAAAGAAGCCUAUUUUUCAAGCCAAUCUGGAACUGGCUCAGCUAGAACUGAUCAGUCGACUCUGUGGUAGCCCUUGUCCAGCUGUGUGGCCUGAUGUUAUCAAGCUGCCCUACUUCAAUACCAUGAAACCGAAGAAGCAAUAUAGAAGGCGUCUGCGAGAAGAAUUCUCUUUCAUUCCUUCGGCAGCACUUGAUUUACUGGACCACAUGCUGACACUAGAUCCUAGCAAACGUUGCACAGCUGAACAGACUUUACAGAGUGACUUCCUUAAAGAUGUUGAGCUCAGCAAAAUGGAUCCUCCAGACCUCCCCCACUGGCAGGAUUGCCAUGAAUUAUGGAGUAAGAAGCGGCGACGACAGCGACAGAGUGGUGUUGUGAUAGAAGAACCACCUCCAUCCAAAGCCUCUCGCAAAGAAACUACCUCAGGGACAAGUGCUGAGCCUGUGAAGAACAGCAGCCCAGCACCACCUCAGCCUGCUUCUGGCAAGGUGGAGCCUGGGACUGGGGAUGCAAUAGGCCUCGGUGACAUCACACAGCAGUUGAAUCAAAGUGAAUUGGCAGUGUUACUGAAUCUGCUGCAGAGCCAAACUGACCUGAGUAUCCCUCAAAUGGCUCAGCUGCUUAACAUCCACUCCAACCCAGAGAUGCAGCAGCAGCUGGAGGCCCUGAACCAAUCCAUCAGUGCCCUAACUGAAGCCACUUCCCAGCAGCAGGACUCAGAGCACAUGGCCCCAGAGGAGUCUUUGAAGGAGGCACCUCCUGCCCUAGUGGUCCAGCCUUCAGCAGAACAGACAACCUCUGAAGCUUCAAGCACACCAGCUGACAUGCAGAAUAUGUUGGCAGUUCUUUUGAGUCAGCUGAUGAAAACCCAGGAGCCAGCAGGCAGCCUGGAGGAAAACAACAGUGACAAGAACAGUGGGCCACAGGGGCCCCGAAGAACUCCCACAAUGCCACAGGAGGAGGCAGCAGCAUGUCCUCCUCACAUUCUUCCACCAGAGAAGAGGCCCCCUGAGCCCCCCGGACCUCCACCGCCGCCACCUCCACCCCCUCUGAUUGAAGGCGAUCUUUCCAGCGCCCCCCAGGAGUUGAACCCAGCCGUGACAGCCGCCUUGCUGCAACUUUUAUCCCAGCCUGAAGCAGAGCCUCCUGGCCACCUGCCACAUGAGCACCAGGCCUUGAGACCAAUGGAAUACUCCACCCGACCCCAUCCCAACAGGACUUACGGAAACACUGAUGGGCCUGAAACAGGGUUCAGUGCCACUGACACUGAUGAACGCAACUCUGGUCCAGCUUUGACAGAAUCCUUGACCCAGACCCUGGUGAAGAACAGGACCUUCUCAGGCUCUGUGAGCCACCUUGGGGAGUCCAGCAGUUACCAGGGCACAGGGUGGCAGCAGCGGCAGGAAGGAUGGUCCUCGAGGAAUUUGGUGAAGUCCAUCAGUCACCUGGCAUCUGGAGCCCUGACAAGGUGUGGAAAUGGAGACCCAGAGAGGAAAAAUCAGUUGAAUCUUGUCCUGCAAUUGCUUUGUGUUCCUGGCUUUGGAGAGUUCCUGGGAACCCAAGGAAAGGGAGACGAGACCAUCUCUGCUCCCCCAGCUCUCCCUGACAGCAUUGGGAACCCAGGGCCCCCUGCUGGAAUACCGAUAAUAAAGCUCAGUCCUGAACUGAACCAACACAUCACCUGGCUUGGUAUAAAAAUGCUGCUGUGAGGGGGAGCCUGGGUGUACCAGGUGGGUAUGGGCAGGUGUGGGGAGUUUAGACCCAGGAGAGAUAUCAGAAUUACUCCUCAAUACCACAUGCUCCUUCUCUUUCUCAAACUUUCUCCUUGGCCUCCCUUUUCUUCUGCCUCCCUUCAGCUAGCUCUGCUCCUGGCCACCUCAUCCCUUCCAGCCUGAGAAAAUGUGGUAAGUAGUUGUCUGUUCCCUAUACUUUUCUGUCUUCCUCUCUUCCUCUACUCCCAACUCCCAGCCAAGAGUUACCCCAUUUGAACUCUUUAUACCAGUGAAUGCCAUCAGGAUCUGAACCCAGAAUCGCCAGCCUUUGCCACCCCUCCUGACUCUGAGAAUGCCAAUCUGACUCUGAGACUGACUCUUUAGUGCUCAUCCUCCCCACAGGGGUAGCCAGGCCAAGACUGGUAUGUCCAUUGACAGCAAGGGCCCUGACCUGAGGCAGAAGGCUGCUCUAAGGGUGCAGUGGGGCCCGGCCCUAAAUGCAUGUAUGCCUGUGCAUUGGGCACACUGGUUUAUUAGUGUUAUUUCAGCAUUGUGAUGCAGAGAGAGUAAGUGUAACAGCUGCUCCUUGCUUGCAGUGUUUAUUGUUACCUAGAGACAACCUCCUGGCUUUUUCCCAGCUCCCCCUCCCCCCCAGCCCAACCCCCUCCCUGCCAACAGUCCUACUCUCCCCACACUGAUGGGAAAUUUAUAGCUUGCCCAUACCAUGCCUUUAACCCUCUCCUGUCCAUAGGGUAGGUGGGGCGAGGGAAGCCAAAGAGAACAGUGGGCAUGCUUGGGCCCCAGCAGGGUAGAAUGGUGAGCAGCAGAAGGGAGGGAGGGAGGACUGCCCCUCCCCAAUCUGUGUGUCCAGACUCAGGCUCUGGUUGCCCUCCUGGCUCUCGUGUUGACAGAAAAGAGCUUUGGACCCAGCAUCCUCCUCACAAGAUAAUUCUCUUCCAUGGGCAUCUCUAAGCUCCCCCAGUUGGGCUGUCUGGUCCUGAGCAAGCACAGUGAGGUAGUAUUGAAACAGGAAUAAAUAUGGAGUGGCAGAACCCCCAGCCCUCUCCUUUAUGUAGAGAUGUCGUAUCAAGACUAACAAGAGACUGUGGCAUGAGGGAUGCUGGCCACACCUUCCCAACUAGGUAAAUGUCAAACAUGAAACUGGCUGCUGAGUCAGGUGGGAAAAACUGCCCACUCUAACUUUACCCCAAGCCCAGCACUCAGGUCCCAAGAGACUCCCAGACCAUUCUCCAAGCUGGUCUCCUGGGUCUGGUUAGGUUACUCCUUUCUGCUCUUCUUCCUGGCUCAUUUUCUCCUGCUUAUCUUUUGGUUUGGUAGCUUGGAUCAAAUCCAGAGACCAAGGGGACUGAAACAUCUUAGUCGGGGCCUCAACAGAACCAGGGAAAGAGAAUCUCCUCCACCCCUCCUGAUCUAGGACCUUUCAUGGAAAGCUGAAGUCGUGGACAGUGAAAUCAGAAGGAGUUGGAGAAAUCACUUGGUCUGUCCCUCAGCCUAUGGGCACCGGUUGAAGCUGACAGGUGGAAACCUAGAGUUGGCCCAGACAGGAUAGGUGGCAGAGAUGCCAAUUUGUGGGAGAGAAGGUUUGGCUCCUCUCCUGGGAGCUAUGUCUGGCCAAAGGCUGCCUCUUCCCACCUCCUGCUGGAACUGGCUAUUUUAUAGCUGAUGUUAUCAUUGCUCCAUUGGCCUAUACCAGUGGCUGUGGACUCAUAACAAUUUUCCCUGUGUACUUAUGGCUCUAGAACCAGGCUGAGAGCACAUAUCACUCUUCUCCAUCUCUCCUGGCCCAUCAGAAAUGGUGCAUCUCCCAGUCACACCCGCCACCCUUGCCCAGUAGUAAUUUCAGCUAUGGAGGAUAAACACUGAGGCCUUCAGAAUGUAUAGGGUCUACACUGUGUCAUUGAAACAACCAGAGAUAUCCAUUCAGAACUUGUGUCUUUUGGCUGGAAGUUCUUAGACAAAGGGAGAUCACUCUUUAUUGAAUCUUACUCCCUCUGAGAUUUCCUGACUGUCAGAGGUCCUGAAUGUGGCUGGGAGACAGUUCCUUUUUCUCAAAGCCAAGAUGGCUUCUUACCAGGAAAUCUUAGAACGCCUGCUUAUUUCCUUCCCUUGGCUGCCCCUCUACUCCAGGUCCCCUUCUCUCCUGCCACCACUGCCUUCCCAUUCCUUCUUUCUCUUCUCCUCUCUCUCUCUCUUUCUCAGCAAGUUUUUUAUGUGAUUACAGGCACUGCAUGGUAAUUAGUGCUAAACUCAUUUGCACAACUACAGUUAAUUGGCUACAACAAUUAAUUAAUGUGUUGGAAAUUUGGCACUGGAAAAAAAAAAGUUUGUCAUCAAAAAAAGGGCAAAAAAUUGUAGAGUGAGAUACCCUUAAAAAUCGAGGACAGGCUUCAAAAGCCCAGCUGGGCCUCAAACUUCAGGCCGGCCUGAGAUGCCUUCCCACUCUCAACUCCAACACAUUUUCCUCUUUCCUCUUUCAUUUUUUUCCUCUUCCUUUCUUUAUUUCUCUUCUCGCUCCAUUUUUUUUUUUUUUUACAACUUAAGCAAACUCAUUUCCCUGAUAAAAUAUAGCAUGACUAAUGGCUAGAGCAUGUAAAAAUCAUUGGGAAAAUGUCCUUGGAAGACAAAUGCAUUUUCAGCAGAAUAAUUAACUUAAUUAACAAAUUCACAUGCAUAUUCAUCAGGCUAUUAAUGUCUUCUCGGCUCAGCUUGAUGAACAUUGCGGUAAUAACCAUCUCAUUUACAUACUGCAUUCUACUGCGAUCCAAAACAGAGACAACAUACAGGCGUAUACACACACACACACACAUACACACACACACACUUGCACGAAUACACACAACAUGUCUGGGCUGCUUUGACUUCCAGGUUGGCUGGGAGUGUGUGUGUGUGUGUGUGUGUGUGUGUGUGUGUGUGUGAGCACGCGCGUGUUUGGUGUGUGGCGGGGAUGGGUGGUUGGGAACUCCGGCUGGUGGCGUGAUCUUUAGAGGGUCAUGAGUUGAGGUGGGCUAGAGAUGGCCACGUGUGAAUGUCUGAGAACUUUAAUCCUCUCUUUCGGAUCUGCCUCUCUGCUGCUUUUUCCUUGUUUCUUUUUCUCUGUGUCAUUUUCUCUCUUCUCUUGCCACCCCCCCCACCAUGUCUCUCUAGGGAAAAACUUGGUAUCCGUGCCAACUUUUUCCCCCCUCCCCUCCUCCCUCUCUCUCCUCCUUCCCCUCUCCCAACUGCUGCCAGCCGGCAUCAGCGCCGAAUUGCCAUCUCCUUGAGCUCUCUGUGGAGCAAUCUCAGAGAGCAGUAAGGUGUGACGCGGGGCUCUGCCGGCUUCGCAGCACCGCCUGCGGAAAGAGCGCAGGAUGGCGGAGGAAGAUUAAGAGAAAUCUCGAGCAGGGCUCGGCUGCCAUUGGUGUGUGCAAACGCCGAGGAGGAAGGGAGAGGGAGAGCGAGGAGGGGGGGUGAAGGGGGGGCACCAGCAGCUGUCGGCCUAAUUCUCCUAACACUCUGCUUGUGGUCAUAUUAGAAAAACAGAUUAUGCCCCUCGGUGCCACUCACUUAUACUUGACAUACGUUAAUGUUCUAUAUCUCCAUUCUCGGGUCUUGAUGACAGUGGACUUAAGGUCGAGGAGGAUAGGAGUCUGGGUGGCCAAGGGGCACAAAAGACUCUGCCCUCUCCUUCUCUCCUUCUCUCCUGACCUUCAACCCCAGCCGGUACUCGCUCAUUCGCAAGCAAACCUGCACGUAGAAUUUGCAGCUGAUGCCACCGUUUGCCCGUGCUCUUUGCAGCCCCUUAGGAGGGGCAGAGGUCAGAGGACGCUUGAAAGCCCUUCCCCCUAAAAGUCACUCCCUCUUUAGAGUCUUAAUAGGUCACUUCAGGGCCCAGUGAGACCAGCUCAGUGGCACUCCCACCCUUAAUAUUUCUAUGGGCCCUCCCCCUCGAAUCGGAAGUUGGGGGUCAGAGAAAGGAGUCCAUGAUAGUCUGUGCUCCAUGAGGGGUUAUAGAAAAGCCCUAAGCAAAACAAGGCCAGGAUUGUUUCUGGGUUGCUAUGGAAACCAGGUUCCCUCCUCCUGGCAGGAAGGGAGGAGUGCCUGAGGCCUUCCUCCUUCCACCAAUCCGGAAGGCUGUAAGGCGGAGUUUACUAAGGCCUGGGGGAAUAGGGCUGUUCUUGGAGGACGAACCAAUCAGUCCCGAACCAAUCAGUCCCGCAGCCCGGCGUGCCGUCCAUAGCCCUUUGACCCCCACCUUCCCUACCCUCUCACCUCAAUAUUCAAAAGAGGCUUUUUCCUCUGUGCCUUGUCCUCUAAGGAGACCUGUUGCUUAGCAACCACUAGUGCCUUCUUCCCAAUAACUUGCAGGGACUGAGAGAGAAAAUAUCUGUCUAUAUUCGGUUCCCCUCCCCUGUCUAUAUUUAAUGACCCAAGCCCUGUCUUGGGUUCCCUUGGCACCCGUUUUACAGGGCUUUUAGAGGGAUUAAGCUGCAGCCUGAAGAAAUAAAGUUACAUCUGAGGAAGAACUUCCAAACUGGGAAGAGUGGGAGAAAAGACUGGAGUAGGUAGGGAAGCUGUGGAAUCAUAUUCUCUUAAAUAUAGGCAGAGGGGGGGAAAAGUAUUUAGAACUUGGAAUGUGGGGAGGGGAUAUCUGCAGGGAUUCCCAAGGGUCCACUAAGGACCUGGAGUGGACCCUAAAAGGACCAACUGGGCUGGCAUUUUUCAUUCCCCACCCCCUGCCUUGCCCCCUUUUCCUGACCACUUCCAGUCUAGAGCCCUCUCAUAUUUCUGUAUGUGAGAGGCCCGUUCCUCUGGGGAUUUCCAGUUUCCUAGUGUCUGGAAGUUGGUUUCCAGGAGUGGGGACUGUAUGGAUGUAUGUCCACCAGGCCUGGGUAUCUCCCAAAGUUUGUCAGUCACAGGGAAGGAAUUCUUUUGAGUCAUCUACUGGAGAACCCCAACCUGACCCAGCAGUGGGGGCUGUACAGUAUCACCACAAAUGAGCAAGGAAGGCGUAAGGAUAGCCUAGUGGCUGCCUGUCAGAACACCUGGGUUAGGGCCCCCUCUCCUUACUCUCCUGUGAUCCAAGUUAUUCACUUAAUCUCUUAAACCCCUUGUUGGGGCGUCUGGGUGGCUCCGUCGGUUAAGCAUCCAGCUAAUUUCAUCUCAGACCAUGAUAGGGUGAUGAGAUCGCCCCGCCUUGGGCGCCACACUGGGCAUGGAGCCUGCCUAAAAUUCUCCCUCUCCCUCACCCCCCCGCCCCCAUUCCACUCACUUGCACGCGUACUCUCUCUCUCUCAAAAAAUAAAUAAAUCCCUUGUUGCUUUGUCUAUAGAUCAAGAAUAAUAAUGUUUACCUCCCUAGACUUUAGCAGGAUCAAUUGAAGGGAUAUGUGAAAGGAAACACUCUGAAAACUGCCAAAUAUAAGCAAAUAUUAUUUUAAGGUCUGGAAAAGGUUUGACUCCUGGGAGCAGGGGGCAUCAUGAAUCCCCCCCAGGCCUUGGCUUAGGAGCACCAAUAGUUUGUUGGCCAGAGAGGUAUGAUUCUUUGUCCUGUGGUCAGUCAGGUGGGGAGCUAUAAAUCAAAAUCAAAAACACGGGGCUGUUUAGGGAAAGUAGAAUAGAGCAUCCCUAUCAUCUUCCCCACCUCCAGUCCCAGAUUCUGACCUCUAGUUCUCCCAGCCGACACCCCACCCUGACCCUCCCAGUCAGCACCUUCACUGUCGUCAUGCUAGAUCACAGACUGUACAAUUUCACCCUCCAUACCCCCCUUUUCGGCACCUCCUCCAACCCAAGCCUUCUGUGGAAGACAGAUGGGGUGUCUGCGAUGGAAAAGGCUCUGGGCUCUACGCCGCCUUGGGUGGGCAGCCCCCCUUCCCAUCUCCCCACUACUCCCGCUCCCUACCUAAGACACUCAGAUUCACCCCGGGCAGCUUUGGAAGCUGCUGAAGAUUCCAACGCUCUUCCCUUCUCAGACUAAGCCCAGAAGCAGAGCCAGAAUGACAUCUUUAUCUGAGACCUAGACCCCAGCCCCUCUUCAUGGAAAACCAAUGCAAAGGAGGAAUGCGUUAGGGAAUGGUAGGCUCCAUGUGAAGGGACUAUGUGGAGAGGCAGGGAGGGGGCGCCCAGAGUUCCUCACUGAAGACUGGAUGGUUGGGGUUUGGGGCCUGAAUUGACAGAGGAGGCUAAGACUAGGCAGCUCCUUUGUUCCAGAAAUCUGGGGUCCCUGGAGGGAGGCUCAGCUUGGGGGGCGGGGAGGGAGCUGACAUUACAGAGCACCAACUGUGAGCCAGGCACAGUGCCAGAGCCUCUCCAUACCUGGACUCACAACUAGCAGGUGAGGAGUCAGGGUGAAUAGGUGUCUCCUGAGCUCUCAGCAUCUCUCGGCACAGUUGACCAACUUCUCCUUUGAUUCUAUGAUUUCACUGCCAAUUCUCCUACCACUCUGGCUGCUCUUUCUCUGUCUCCUUUGCAAGCUCAUCCUCAACUCCUUGGACUCAGCCAAGUCCCCCGAUUAUACACUUUCACGGUACUAUAUAUUCUUUCAGAGCACUUAGCACAGUGAUUUCACACUUAUUUGUGCAGUCAUUUGAAUAAUAAUCCUGUU